GGCCAAGAUGGCGGCCGGUACCUCCGCGCGGUGGCUGGGGGCGGCCGCCGCCGCCGCCGUCGUGAGGAGCCGCGGGCCGCGGGACCCCGGGCGGCUGCCACUCGUCUGGCUCCUGCGGGGGCUCCGCUCCACCCCACGGCCCGCUGCCCGCCGCCUCCUCCUGCCGCUCUGCGCCAAGGGGACGAGCCGCGCCGCCGCCGCCGCCUUCCACAGCAGCGCCGCGACCCGCGCCAAGGAGGAUUAUUACCAAGUGCUGGGGGUGCCCCGCACCGCCACCCAGAAGGAGAUCAAGAAGGCGUACUACCAGCUGGCAAAGAAAUACCACCCUGAUACAAACAAGGAUGACCCGAAAGCUAAAGAGAAGUUUGCUCAGUUGGCAGAAGCCUACGAGGUGUUAAGUGAUGAAGUGAAGCGGAAGCAGUACGAUGCAUAUGGUACAGCCAGUUUUGACCCUGGAGCAACAGGUGCUGGUGCAGGGCGGCAGUACUGGAGCAGCGGUCCCUCCAUCGAUCCCGAGGAGCUCUUCAGGAAAAUCUUUGGGGAGUUUUCGGGAUCCCCUUUUGGCGAUUUUCAGAAUGUCUUUGACCAGCCACAGGAGUAUAUCAUGGAACUGACAUUCACCCAAGCUGCAAAAGGUGUUAACAAGGAGAUUGUGGUGAACAUCAAUGACUCCUGUGAGCGAUGCCAUGGGAAAGGACACGAACCUGGUACCAAAGCUCAGCGCUGUCACUACUGCAAUGGCACUGGCAUGGAAACGAUAAACACUGGCCCUUUUGUAAUGCGAUCUACCUGCCGACGGUGCGGCGGUCGCGGUUCCAUCAUAACCACACCAUGUUUAGUAUGUCGAGGAACGGGGCAAACCAAACAGAAGAAGACAGUGAUGGUCCCUGUGCCAGCUGGCGUUGAGGAUGGGCAGACAGUGCGGAUGCCCGUGGGGAAGAAAGAAAUCUUCAUUACUUUCAGGGUUCAGAAAAGUUCUGUGUUCAGAAGAAACGGAGCAGAUAUCCAUUCAGAUCUCCUCAUUUCAGUAGCGCAGGCUGUGCUGGGAGGUACAGCCAGAUGUCAAGGCUUGUAUGAGACAAUCAAUAUCACAAUACCCCCUGGUAUUCAGCCAGACCAGAGAAUUCGAAUGAGUGGGAAAGGCAUUCCCAAGGUUAACAGUUACGGCUAUGGAGACCACUACAUUCACAUAAAGAUAAAAGUUCCUCAGAGGCUGACAGAUCGCCAGCGAGCCUUAAUGAUGAGCUAUGCCGAGGACGAGGCAGAUGUGGAGGGCACAGUGAAUGGGGUCACAAACACAGCGUCAGGUGGCAGGGCCACGGCUAGCGCUGACGCAGGCGGGGAUAGGCCUGAGGCUGAGGAGAACAAGGAGGGAUUCCUUUCCAAACUUAAGAAAAUGUUUAGCUCCUGACACCCCAUCCGAGGGAAGCGUUCUACUGGAAGCUAAGAGCCAGCAGCAAAUCAUCUUUGCAGUUGGGGAUGAGUCCUUCUGGCAGUGGGCUCUGGAGAGCAAAGGAUGUCAGUGGCAUAGUGAAAAUCCCAGCUGGACAGGUGACACACCACUGAGGCACCAACAGCCAUUGUGAUAGAAAACCCACCCAGCAUCCCAGGACAUGGUAACGAAGGAAAAUACAGCUUUGCCGAAAUGCAGCGCUCUCUCUGAGGUUGCUCCACAGUCCCCACUGCUGCUGGAAGCUUGUCUGGUAAAAAUUAACAUUGAAAUAUUAUUUAGAAUCCAAACCAGUGGAAAUGUGAAAAAAAAUUGUGUCCUUCCUGCAGAGAGCAGAGCAGUUUGCUGUAGGGAGCCCUGGAUGGCUGCUGCUCACUCAGGUGCCCUGCUGAAUGCUCCACUUGUUUGAAGAGCUUAGUGCUACUUCUCCCAGGAGACUGGUGGGUCAGCAAGGUUUAAUCCUGUCUUCAUGACAACCUUCCUUCUUGUCUCACACAGCUCUUGGAGCAGGAUAUCCCUGGGGCUGGUCGGAGCAUUGCUUCCCUAACUCCCUCAGCAGCUGGGGAGGGGGUUUGUUCUGCUGGUUUCCUGAACAAAGAGUGGGGAUGGAAUCUGCCCUUUGUCUCAGGUUCCCUCCUUCAGUAACUAAAGUACUACACAACUGCUGUUGCUUCUGAAAACGUGCGAGUUUGUCACUGAGCCCUUUGCCAGUCUGGGACAAAGUCUUUUAUUACAUUAGCACAACCUCCAUAACAUAAAUGAUUGGUCAAAGAGUCGUUGUUCCUACGUGUGUGAGAAUGCAAGUGAAGUGGAUUGCUCCUUCCAGGUGGUGGAGCUCGUGCAGUGAGUGUUUUCGUGGUUGCUGUAGCUCGCUGUUGUUAGUUACACCCUGCAGCUACCACCAGCCCACAUACUAAUCGACCACUUAAAGACAUGUCAUAGUCUUGCCCAUCUUAAUUUGCUGAAAUAAAGCACGCGUUGCCUCCUGAUGAAACUGUCUGUAAAGUGAUUCUGUAUCCAUGUAAAUAAGAUUGACUUCAUAAAGAUAUUUAACACCU